UAGCCAUAAGUCCGCGGUCACACUGGCGAGUAGUAAACCAACGCCAGCGAGUCUACAGAAAAUUUUAUGAAAAAAACACACACAAUGCAAAGUAAAUAACGUGUUUAAACCAUAAAUGUAGAGUAUUUAGUGCCUGUGAGCCGUAAAGUGUUAAACAUCGCAGAAGAGUGCGCGUGGAAUGGUUAAGGAUCUAAGUGCAGAAAUUCGCAUCGGCGAGUCACAAAUAACAGCGGCCCGAGCAGCAGCAUCGAGUAGUAAACUAGCCAACGCCGACGAGUCUCUGGCCAAUGUGGUGCAACCCCCCGCUACCCGUGAGCACCCGUCCUCCACCCGCUAACGCGCAAAUAUAUGCGACGACAACUAGUUGUAGUGGGCAGCCUUUGUGGAAGCAGCAGCCGAAAAAUUGUGCAAACGCCAAACAAGGGAAGCGCUUAAAAGUUAAUUAACAGUGCAAGCGAAGCUGCGUUGUGUGCUUAGGCGCUCAUCCGAUCCACAGCACAGCCUUUGCGGCAGUGAUGCAGCAGCAGCUGCGCCAACUAUCGAGAUUCUAGUUAUUGUUGUUGUGGUUUUUGCACCCACCACACGUAACUAGAGCACACAGACACACGCCAUACACACACGCAAACCCAUACACAGCAAACACAUACACUCACUCACACAGACAGAAGAGCUCUGUUUACAGGGUAUCAUCCAAACCGCUGUCCAUCCACAUACAACACACACACAUACAUCCAUAGUCCACAGGCAGUAGAUGCAGCAGCAAAAACAUUGGAAAUGAUUUGUAAACAAGACGUCCUGCUGUGGUUUGAGAAACUCGAGAGCUACAAUCGCAUUGAAACGAUGUACGCGCUGCUCACCGCUUGCCUGCCGUUCGAGCUACGCUUCCUGGGCACACUGCUCGAGGAGCAAGGAAGAUGCGACUCUGAGACGCUGCGCGGAAUGGAGCUGCGCGCCAACAAUCCCCAGGAGCUGGCCGCCGACAUGUUCACCUGCCAGAAGGGCGAUCCAACCGACAGGAAGAUACGCCGCAAAAUGGCCCUCUACUUGGCCCUGAUCCGUGCCUGCAACCGGAACUGUGUGAGCGAGAUCUAUCGGACACUCGAGUGCUGGGGAGAGUGUGAUUUUGGUUGCAUCAAUGACCAGGAUACGCUUCUCGAACUGCUGCUUGUCUACACAAUGGCCGCCAUUCACCCAGUCUUCUCCAUGGACGAGCAGAAGAAGAUCUUUGGAAUACUGGGCAAGAUCAAGGAGAACAAACUGGUGGCGGAUAACUUUCCGGCGCAAGCGCAAAUGGAACAGCCACAGACACAGUCCCAUCCACAUCCACCGCAUCCCCACGCGCCGUCCCAGCAUGAUUUGAUAAUGCAACAGCAACAACAGCAGCAGCAGCAGCAUGUGAUGCAUCAAAUUCAGGCUCAACAACAGGCACAUCAGCACCAGCAGCAACAGCAUCCGCCGAUGGUCCAGGUAGUGCAGACGCCGCAGGGAAACAUACCAAUGAUAUUUCCCCAACAUUUUCAAAAGCUUGUGCCUGGGACUGAUGGAACACACCAGAUCAGCGUCGAUGGUGUGCCACACAUGAUGCAAUCGAAUAUCACCAUUCCAGCGGACACAAAUGCCAUACUCGGCCACCAGAACACGGCCGCCGCGUGGUCGAUGCGACACUACGCACCCCCACCACACCCGCAGACUGCUGCUCCUCAGCAGCAGCAGAACAUGGAUCAUCAUGUGCCUCCAGCCUCCAGUUCGCCGAUGCUGAGCCAGCAGUCCUCACCGUCAAGCAGCCGCACGACGAGUCCUCAGCGCUCCAACGUUCCACUGCAGUCGCAGCAAAUGCGCAACUUGUCGCAACGUUUGACGGGCCACAAACAUCAUGCGGCGCGGCGUCCCUCAGCAGAGACCACGCCGCCGCCCUCUUCCAUUAGCGGGGAGCUGCAGCACGAGAACAUUAACGAAGGCGGCAGCAGCAGUUCCAGUGGAACGAGUCUGCCCAGCCUGAUACGCAACGGUUUCCAUCGGCCCACACAUCAUCAUCGAGUCAAGGCGAACGCCUACAUACCGCCGCAUCAGCAGCAACAGCAGCACUUUCAGAACAACGCUUACAUGAACAGCCUGAUGCAGAACAUGAGCAUGAACGACGAUGGGAGUGGCUCUGUGACCAAGAGUGUUGCCACAACCGGCAGCGAAUCGGGUAGUUCGAAUGGCUCUUGCGGGGACAUAUCCCCGCCAGAGACACCAACGCCGCAUCCACUGCCAUUACACAGCACAGUCGGCAAUCCCGGCAUGGGCAUGAUAACGACUGUCGUGCACAGCGGCAUGGGAGGAGGCUACCAGCAGAAGCACCAUCUCACCUACAAGCAGCAGCAGCAGCAAAUGAACCUGCAGCAGCGACUGAACGGACGCAAUGGGAUGGAGAAGAGCUAUCAGCAGAUCUACACAACAGGUACGCCAAGCAAUGUGAGCGAUGCCCAGACAAUGACGAUGAGCAGCGGGAACAUGCAGCAGCAGCAGGCGCUGCUUAUCAGCCCGUCUCCGGUGAGCACGCCCACGACAACAGUCUUGUUGCAGCAACAAUCACAGCCGCAGCCGCAGCCUCCACCACCCACAGCCUACAAUGCAGCCUCCUAUCCAUAUCACGCACGAGGACCCCCGCCGCAGCAGACGAUAUUCCAGGCGCAUAAUGCACCGCCACCGCCGCAAUCUGUUCGUGGCGGCUACCGGUUUCCAAUGGCUCCGGUUUCCCACAACGGAGAGCUCAUCUAUCCGGCGUUCCACACGAGCCUUGCCUUCCUGCCGGUCCCCGGCACUGGUGGCACGCCCACAGCCGUUACGCCGCCCCAGCUGCAAAACACUGCCGCUGUGGUCAGCACGAAUGCUGUGGCGGUACAGACGCCCACGCCCCAGCAGCAGCAGCUGCCGACCACGCCCCCCUACAGUGCGCUGACAGUUUGCCCCAUCACUGGGGUGGGCGGCGGCGGAGCACCGAAGAUAUCCUGCUACAAUUGCGGCUCGCAGACGCACAUUGGACGGGACUGUCAGGAGGCGUCUAUGGAGGAUGUGACGCGGAGCGCCAGCUAUAAGCUGGACUACUCAGAGACUCAGAGCAUAGAGGCGAACUCCAUAGGUGAUCAUAACAGCAAGGAUAUGGGCAGCAUUCAAAUGAAUUCGUCGGUGGCAGCGCCGACGGCGUCAACGGUGCUGUCGACGGCGGCGGUGACGAGCAUCGGGAAAUAACAAGGUGUGGGUAAAUCCAGAGUAAGCUUAAAGUCUAUAUACACGGACCUAUAUGGAGGAGCAUAAUUGCGUCUAUAUUAAUUAAUGUUUAUACAUAAUAUCCUUAUCUACUUAUACAGAAAAUACCAUUUAAUAUGAUUGUGUAGUGCGGAAAUCAAAUUUCUCGCCCUUACCACACGUCUCCUAGUUUUUUAUAAGCCUCUCAAUUCGCGUUAUGGAGAAUCGGUAUAGGAAUCGGCAAACGUAAGCGGUAUCGGAACACGGGUCGGAAUAAUAGUCGCGCUGCCUAAACUCUUGACAACCCUCAUACAGACCCCUACUCCCCCCCGCCCAUAUAACAAUAAUUUAAACGCGCUCCAGCCCAACACAGCCCACAGCCCAUACCCUCCCCCAGCCCCACACACACACAGAUAGUCGAUAACGAAUUUUAGUCAUAUGCCACUUUGAAUAUUUCUAAUAUUAAGUUGAAUGUACAACAGCAAUAAGUAAACAAAAUAAUCCUUAUCUAUGUUAUGCAGUUAGCACUGCCGCAGGAAGGAUCAUUCGAUAAACUCAAACACGGGUGAAUGUUACCCCAUUAUCAAGAUAUCGAAAUAAGUUAAAGACACGACAAACACAGAAGAGGAAGAAGAAGAAAAAGAAGAAGGAAGAGAAGGAGAAAAAUAAGAAAUAGCUACGAAUAGAUACCGGUAAAAAGUAAGAAAUUUCGUAGAAUACAAAAUACCUAGCAAAUAUAACAAAAAAAAACAAAAAACAAAAUGAUUAUCUGUAUAAAAACAAAUGAGCGUAGCAGCACAAUGUGCUUAGUUAACGUUUUUUCGUAUUCCAGACCCGUGACCGCCCCCGCCCCACCCUGUCCCUUCUUCUUAAAUUUUCACAUUGUAGUUAUUAUAUUUAUUUUGAAGCUCCAACAUGUUUUUAGAAAUGUUUUACCUAAUUUUUUUGUAUUUUAUAUACAAACCUAUAUACAUAUACUUAUAUAUAUAAAAAUAUUAUUUUAAAGCAUACAAACCCGUAUAUGAUACAAACUAUGUGGAUAGGGCGUAUAUUAAUGCUAAUCACCGCUGUCUAAUUAUUAUUUUAUGUACUCAAAACUUGACUCCCCCCCCCGUUCAUGUGUGGGCGCAUCUGUCGAACAAUUGGCCAAGUUACAGCCCAAAAAAGAUCGUCAAGAUCAGGCCAGCAACAGGCGCCCACAGAUGAACAGAAAAUAAGAAACCAAACAGUUUUUCCUGCCCUUAGUUUUUUAUGUACAGACGUUGUUAAAAUUUUUGUAAAGCCUCAGCAAUAAUCGUGUAAAGAGCGAAGAAAAAAGCGCCAGAAAAACAAAACAAGGAAAGAAAGAAAGGAAACAAAAAAAACGAUUUAAGAGUAAUACACAAUUUACUGAGUUUUGCUGAUAAUGCGUAGCCGCAUGACAAACAAUUAUUAUUAUAUUUCAUUGAAAUAAUAAAAAAUCCAAUUGUUUCUAAAAUUCGUGUAACAAAACACAAGCUACAAAAAAAAAACCCAA